CGAUGACCUUAAGAGCGACUAUGUAGUUUGCGGCUUGAAAUUCCGAGAUCGAGGCUGGGGCUCAGGCUGACAGGCUCUUCUCCGCCCCGCCCUGCUUUAGUGUGUUCGCAGCCUGAGAGACUCUCUCCUUGAUUCCUCACCAGUCACUCCUACCACGUGCUCUCAGUACACGUGCGCUUUAUCCGGAGAGGGCGCACGCUAUCGCGUUGCUGAGCCUCUUCUUGUGCAGUCUAGCUCAUGGCACAGACUCGCCCGCUGGCAGUGCCUGGGUCCCUGCCGCGGACUCACGGUCGCUGGCUGGCGCUUCUUGAUCCUGGCGCCCUUGGACGCUGACACCAUGUCGUCGCGACAGCUAUCUGCCACUUCUCAUCUCUACCAUCUCUCGGUACCACCAUCACAACCCAGUGCAGUCGAUCAUGCAGCCCUCCAAGGCCAACGUCGCGGACUUCCUGGCCUUUGUGCCUGGGGUGGAUGCGGGGACUGCCUUCUUGUUCCUCGAGCAUGCAAACUCCGUCAAUGACGCCGUGAAUCAGUACUAUGACAAUCCGCAAAAAUAUGCCCGUCGUCCGCCGUCCUCGAUGUCAUCGUUGCGAAGUCCUAUUAGCCCAGUGAGCUCGACGUUUAUGGCAACGACCCGCAACUCGAGCAGUCCCACGGCGGAGCCGACCAGACUGGCCAGUUCCCCACCAAUAUACCCGUCGCCACCUUCAUCCACGAUAAGUGGAAGUGCGAGUGGCUCGCAGCCCAAGGCACACACAAAUGCAGUGAUCGAGGCUGCGAGGCUUCGAGCUCGGGAUGAGCAAGAGAUGCAGAACAUGCUACAGUCGGUUCAGCUGUCUCUUCAGAUUUACAAUCCCGAGAUUGAGCCGGAGCGGGAGUGUGGGUACCCAUGCAACUGCCUCAUUCACAAGUAUAUUCAACGGAAGAUGGAUCGCCUCCAUGUUCAAGAGGUGUGGUCGAAAGCAGUCAUGUACCCGGGCGAGAAGCACUACCAUGACUGCACUCAGGUACGCUUGUUCAACAACAAUCCGUACCAGGGUGUGGGCUCUCCGUACGGAUUUAGUGGUUCGUCUUUCUAUGGAAUACAACGACCCGACCCACAAUACCACGCCAACUUCGUUCGCCAAAUCCUCCGUUUGAAUGACUCGCUUAAUACCAAAGCGCGCGCGGCCAUUGACGCGAUGGAGCCGUCUUUUAAUAUCUGGGAAGUCGAUCAACUUCAAUCUUCAAUGUCGAACAUCAGCAUCGGGCCAUCAAGAAAAGGCGACCAUCCCGGCGAGAAAUCCAGACGUUCGACCUUGAAGAAGGCGCUUUCCAUUCGAUCUUCCGAGGAAAAGGUCGCCUCCAAGACAUCAAAGAUCUUCUCCGAGGCACGCGAGCUUCGCGACUCUAUUCUGAGAGAGGAGAACGGCAGGUGGCCAGAGCUAGAAGACCGACAAAUUGUCAUGACAUACCAGAACCAGGUCGGAUUGACACAGAAAGUUGCCGAACUUCGGAGUCGAUGUCCUCUUCAAUAUCUUCACUUACUCAAGGCCGGUUACCUCGAGCCUAUUCCAGUAGCCUGGGCUAAGCAAGCUUCCAAUCCCCUCAAGUUCACCAUUGACGCCGCCGCUGGGUGGCGGGGUAUCACACCGGCUUGGAGAGGGUACGAGGACACUGCCGAGGAACGUCUAUAUUGGGUGUUGAACCAUAGAUCCGGAGAUACCCCCACCAGGCUGAAACCCGAUUCAAUAUCUGCGCUGGAAUUAGCCCUCGCAAGAAUGGCACUGGCAGUCGAGCCGCCGCCAAUAUACUAUGCGGCUGACGAUACUUGUCAUGUUCGACAUACUUCGAAGAGAUACUCGAAACAAGUCAUGCCUCCUCCUUUCCGAUCGUUUGAUGCCCCCCAACAGCCGACAGAUGACACCAUGAUUCUGCUGGAUGUGUCGGGCUCUAUGGAUUUCCAACCGCGACGACCAGAGUAUAACCAAUUUUUAAUUACAGGCUUCACGAGGUCUACUCAGCCAAAGAAUAAGGACCUGGCUCAAGCAAUCAUCCGUCGCUUUACCGACGCAAUGUCUAACCACGAUCACAACUGGUCCGGCUACGAACUCACCACAUUCUCCAGUCAAGCCGAAUACAUCGGCGUAAUAAACCACUGGAACUUCGAAGAAACGUGGCGGACCAUAAAAUUCGGUGGCCGAACGCGAGUAAUGACAGGCUGGCAAAGCAUCAAAGAGCAACAUUUCCAGAAACACGCCGCCACAGCAACCCACCACCCCAUCUACGGCUGGCAAGCCGGCCCUCAGACCCCGAUCCUCCGGCUCCUCCUUCUCCUUGACGGCGAAGCCUCAGACAUGGACGAGUUCGAACUCGACCUCCUCAGUUUAUCCUGGGUCCACGUCACCAUCUUCCUCAUCGGAGUAGACGGGUGUCCGCACCACCAUCGACACGCCAACGAACUCCAACGCAUUAGCGAAGUCAACCCGCACGUCUCAUUCGUGGAUGCGCAGGGUAAUACCCCGGAGCGAUUCAUCACCCAUGAGUUACUUAAGCGUCAUCUGGGGUAUGAGCUCUCAAUGACUGAGUUCGAGGGACUUGAGCAUGUGCCUGGUGAACCGCAACGGGUGGAGUUACCGGCGAGGGAGCCGCCUCCACCGAAUAUGCCAGAGCUUGAGCAACCGCCGCCGCCGUUGCCGGUGGAGUUACCGGCUGGUGAGGUUGUGUUGCCGUCGAGGUUAUCUAUGGACCAGCCGCCUCCUUAUUCUGUGACUGCGUAAUGGGGGUAGAUAUCUAUGUACCAAUGAACGUGUGAUGAUUCUAAUGGUAUACUGAUUCUUGUGCUUGCAAUAUUUAUGUUUUUCUUUUCCUGGAGAUGUCACACUUUAGAUGGGCUGGUUCGUUCCAGCCUGAGAAGGAACGCGUAAGACCAGGCAUUCAAAUCGGGAUGUUUUGACAUCCUAGCUGGAAGAUCCCACCUAUUCUACUCAUCUGACCACUCCACCCGCUCCUAUGGUUGGCUCUUCAAGCGAUUGGCAUCAAGGGUCUCAUGGGCCCCUGCUUGUCUGGGACUUCGGCAUUGCAUCCAGAAGGCUUGCUUGGCACAAACUGUUUCCUCGUUCCACAGCAAUCUCGAGCGCAGUUUUCCCUUCUUUAUUCCGAGCUUGCAGGUUGGCCCCGUUAUCAGCCAGAACCCCAACCAGACGAGAUGUCCACGAAGGGGGGACCGGUUGCGAGGCGAUGCAGUGGAGAGUCGUAUUGCCUUCUGGGCUCGCAAAAUUGAUAUCUGCACCGCGCCGAACAAGUAACUCAAUCAUGUGCGGCGGUUGCGUGAUUGCUUGGUCGAGAGCGGCGAUAACCAAAUCCCCACAAUUGAUAUCUGCACCAUAGUCGAGCAAUAGCAUGACAAUCUCUGGAAGAUUGUUAUCUAUGGCCGUUGCCAAAGGAUAUUCCCCCAAGUAAUCUGGCUCGUUGGCGUCACACCCGAAUUCGAGUAGUAACCGAACCAUCUCGAUAGUUCCUCCUUUGAUAAAGGUGUCAAGAAGCAAGCCCUUCAAUCGAUGUUCCAUGCCUGAUACUCCCCAAUGUUCAGGUACUAGCCUAAUGAUUCCCGGAUCCUUAUUUUUGAGGACUGCUUUGCCAAGCGACCAU